UAUGCUCCUGACCUGUGCUCUGGUCUGUGAGUGACCACAGGCACUCUUUUCCAUGCUGGAACCGUGAGGAGGGUUCCCACUCCAUUGCAGCCACAAGUUCUGAUGUGCUAGUGCUCCUCCUUGCCCUGGCACUGCCACCCAGGACUGUGGCCCAGAUCUGAGCAUGGACAGAGCAACAGAGUCCUGCCUCAGUGCCAGCAGAGACCCCUGUAAUCUCCUUUUGAGUUAUUUGACCUCCUGUCUGUGGAGUGAGAGCUCAGGAAGCAGCUACUGCCACUGCUGAUUCAGCGGCUCCCAAGAUCUGCUCCUGGAUUGCUGGGGUUGGGCCAGCGCUGGUGUGGCCUGUGCCGAACUGUGUUCCACUCUCACCCAGAUACUCAAGACAUGUCCAUAGAGCAGCCCUCAAGCUUUGUGACAGCCACUAUUGGAGGUUCAGCAGUACUGCGAUGCAGAUCAAAGAUUGACCUUCCUGCUGGGCCAGUGAGGUGGUAUAAGGGGACCGGACCUAACAGGGUUCUCAUCUACAGUGACAAAGAGCGGUGCCCCCGGGUCCAAAAGGUGGAGAACACAAAUCGUGUCUUUGACAUCCGCAUAAGCAACAUCACCAGCCAGGAUGAAGGAGUCUACUACUGUAUCAAGUUCAAGAAGAACCCUGAAAAUGAAACCAGCUCUGGGGGUGGCACCCACCUUAUUUUGCAAAGCCAAAUUUCGUCGGGCGUCCUCAUAGCUGCCACGGCGGGAUCCGUGUCCCUCAUCCUCGUCCUCUUAGCCCUCUGCUACUACUUCAAGAGGCAGAAAGGUCCAAGCCGAUGUUUGGCCAGGCCAGAAGCUUCAAAGAAGAACCAGUCACAGAGAGAGCUAACCAGGAACAAUGAGAUUGUAUAUGCUGAUCUCCAACCCAUUGGGAAAAAUCCUCAGUCCAUGAGACCAGCAGAGGAGAAGGGUCUCCAUUCUGAAUAUGCCACUAUUCAUGUCCAGUAAUUGGGACCCCGCAGAAGUAGCUCCACUGAGAAGGGAAGGACCACUUUCCAGGGAAUUCUGAGGAUUCUGCAGCUCCAGUCAGGAAGAGGAAAGUUGAAGAUUCUUUCAGGGACCUGAAAAUAGAGCCAUGGGGAUCAACGAGCAGUAGAACCUGUGUAGGAGGCCCAGGGCUGCCAGUUACUAGGAUAUGUAGUAUUAGGCAAAUCCCUUCCCUUCUCUGGUCCUGAUUUCUUCAUCUGUAAAAUGGGGAUAGCAUCCUCUCAACUUCUUGCCUCACAAAGCUCAAAUGAGAUAACAGAAGUAAAGCCCUUUGUAACUAUAAAACCCUAUAUCAAUAUUGUCUCUCCCUUCUGGAAAAAAAAAUGUAUUAAUACUGACCUGGGAGCAGUUCCUCAUCUUCCAGCAGGCUUUGAAUCUAUGCACCCCUAAUUCUUUUGGGGUGCCAGGUCUCCUUAGAUCUUUUGGCCUGGUCUAGAAUACUAAUCCAUACAUAAGGAUCCCUGCUGGCUGCAUAUUGAUUUAGUUUUAAAAUGUAAUGUUAUCUUUGUUUUAUUGUAUUUUUUAUUUACUUUGUCAAAUAUUUCACAAUCACAUUUUUCAUCUGGUUCAGGCCACACUCAGGAGGUGACAUCUCUGGCCUGAGACCCUAAAACGACACAAAAAAACUCUCUAGAGCUUACUCUAGGAAGAGAAAUACUUGAUGGAGAUCAUCAGAAUAGAGACAAUAGGGGAAUUCUUAGCUCAAUAAUAAAUUGGCCAGUCUAGCACCAGGGUGAACUAUUGAGCACAAGUGAUACAUGCAUGGGCCAACAGGGGAAUCCCUGGACAACAUACAGAACUAUCAAUAACAAAUUCUACAUGGUAACAAUUGAGUACUUAACAACAAUCCUAAAUAUAUAAAAUACACCAGAGACAGCCUUGUAUAGUGGAUAGAGAGCUGGCUUCGGAGUUGGAAACACCUGGGUUUAGGUCCCAUCUCUACCACAUACUGGAUGUGUGUCCCUGGGCAAUUCACCAAACCUCAGAGUGCCUAUGGGCAUUUCUCUAAAACGAUUAUCAGCUUCAUUGAUCAUUAUUAUUUUCAUCUGCUUUGUUCAAGGGAGUUCCUCACAGGAACAAAAUCAUAUGGCUUGGUUAAAAAAAGUAAAUAAAGCACACAAGGAAUCCUA